AGACCUUUGAGCUGGAAAUGGUGGAGAGGGGAGGAAAAACCCUAAUAAUCAUAACGGAAAGUAAGAAAGGGGUGUUGUCUUGGGUGCGAAUGGGGUUGAAUAGCGUCGGGCUGUUCAUGGAAGGCUUACAUCAGUGCAUCGAGGAUGCGAAGGAAGGAAGAUGGGAAAAGGGCUGGAAGGAGAAGGGGAGAAGCUUCUCCCUAGUGCGUGAUGCUAACAGGGCGGGUUGCUUUUUGCGAUUAGGGGUCGUCGAUUUGGAGUUGAAGAGAUACAACAUAUGUAUCUUGAAGGGCAAAGGGGACAAGAGGGGAUGGACGACGAUGGUGGAGGCUCUUCGUCAGAUGGACAUCAAUAUUGACAAAAAGGAACAACAAGAAGAAGUGAGGGCAUUGGGAAGGUCGAGUCCGGAUAUGGUGAAGGGAAGGUCGUUUGCGGACACGGUAAAGGGUUGGUGGAAUAAGGGGUCUAAUAACAUUCGAGUGGAGGUGGAACGGGAGGAGUUAAGUAGAAACCUUAGCAGGCUGGAGUAUUGCCUGAUUGGAAGUUGGAUCCUUAGCAAUGCCAAAGGGGAAGAUCUGGAAAACUUGGGCUGGGAAAUGGCAAAGGCCUGGGGAUUGAAAGGCAAGAUGGGGGUGGCAAGUCUGGGAAAAGGACGAGUAUUACUGGAAUUAGAGUUUGCGGAAGAAGCAAGGCGGGUUCUCCUUUCUGGUAAUAAGGCGGUGGGAGGAGUUCAACUGGACCUGGAGCGUUGGAAUCCAAGAUCGGGUUGUUUGGAAGAAGGUGAGGCAAGAAAGGAAGUGUGGGUGAGGAUAUUGGGGCUCCCAAUUUCGCUAUGGGUCUCGUCGGUGUUGAGAAAGGUGGGAGAUGCGUGCGGUGGGUUUCUAGACAUUGACCCACAGAUGGAGAGCAUGGAGGACCUGCAGUGGGCUAGGAUAUUGGUUAGAUCGGACAGCGAGAAUAUCCCUGGCUCGAUGGAGAUAGAAGGGAUGACCUAUAUCCUAACCCUAUGGUGAGAGGCGGUGCCGUCAUUAAGGUAGGAAGAGGGGAGGAAGCUCGGCCUGCGGAGUCGUCCAAGAGGGGAGGUCAGAGGUGACGAAGAUGCACCCGCCGGGUCGCGAGUGGAGGAGAUGGCGUGUGCGGGGUUCGAGGCGCAGCAUCAGUCAGAGGAUGGGACUGAACGACUGACACAGGACGUGGGCUCCGCUACAAUGGGCUCCCAGGUGCAAGUGGGCUUAUUGCAGGGGCCCGGAUCGAAGACUGGGCCCACGGUUCCAGGCCGGGAGUUGAAUUGGGCUUAUGGGCCCUCAUUGCCAUUAGGAAGUGAAGUCUCAAAGGGGAUUCAGCUUGGGCCGCGGCAGCCCAAAAGCUCGGUGCGGGCUAGAGGCUCUGGACUGGGCCAUCUUCAUAAGGGGAAAGCCAUCUCGUCCCAGGCCCAUCCCAUGGACAGUGGGCUCCUCUUAAAAGCCUGUCCCUCUGUCUCCAACAGUCAUAAUAAAGACGACAACCUGGAGAGAGAUUUCGUCAGAUGCAGAGAAGAAGAAAUGGGGAGAAGGCAGCAGCCGGAUCUAAACCAUCCAAGGGCAGAAAGGAUGCUAGAGGAAGAAGCUGCGAGGACUCCGGAGAGGGAGUGUUACGACCAUUCUGGGGUGCGAAGGGAGGGAAUUCUGAAUGGAAGUGGGUCACGAAGACCAAGUGCAGAAUAAACAUAUAAGGAGAGGGGAUGGCUGUUGGGACUUGGUUGAGGUCAACAGUGUCGACCCUUUGGAAAGAAAUUCGGGAUGGACUGUAGACUAGACGGAUUUCCAAGAGGGUAGGAAGGAAGAUCAGCUUAAUUGGGAGGAGAGUAGUCUGGUUAAAUUCAGUCACUUUCUGGGUUUCUCAACGGAAGGACUGGAGAAGGAAAUCCCGAGCUUCUUGGGCAAAAUCAGGAAAAGGAGGGAGAAGACAGUAGGUAAAGGCCUGUUGGAGACCUCAAGGUUUGAAAGGGAGCUUAAGAGACUGGAGUGCUCUGUUAACUAUGAGGGGGAUACUAAGAAGAAAGGCCCUACCCAGGGUAGAGGGAACCAGAGUGCAGUUGUCCAAUAAAUUUAAGAAUUUUGAGUUGGAACAUGAGGGGAGUGAAUGAUAGAUCCAAGAGGAAAGUAAUCAAGUCAGUUAUCAGAAAUCAAAAGGUGGACCUGUUCUGUAUUCAAGAGACAAAGAUGCAAGUUAUGUCUGAAGAGGUGGUGAGGAGUAUAGGGCCGGGGAGAUUUCUUGAAUGGAAGGUGUUGAAUGCUAUGGGGAUGGCAGGGGGUGUCUUGAUUUGUUGGGACAAAAGAUCGCUGGAGAUAUUGGGGGUGGAAGAGGGCCAAUUUUCGAUCUCCUGUAGAUUUAGGAAUGUGGGAGAUGGAGGAAUCUGGGUGUUCACGGGGGUCUAUGGUCCUUUCUCUAGAGAAGAAAGGGAGUGCUUGUGGGAGGAGUUUGGGGCAAUUAGAGGAUUGUGGGAGAAGCCAUGGUGCUUAGGAGGCGAUUUUAAUACAACUCUGUACCAAGCUGAAAGAAGUAGAAAUGGGAGGAUUACCUUAGCUAUGAGAAGGUUUGCCCAGAUCAUAGAUGACUUAGGGCUAGUUGAUGUCCCAUUGCAAGGGGGAUCCUUCACCUAGAGUGGGGGACUCAAUAAUCAAUCGUGGGCCAGGUUGGAUAGGUUCCUAGCGACUCCCAGUUGGCUAGACCAAUACAGUAGGGUUCAUCAAAGAAGAUUGCCCCGCCCAACAUCAGAUCAUUUCCCGGUUCUGCUUGAGGGAGGAGGGCUAAGGAGAGGUCCAUCCCCUUUCAAAUUUGAAAAUAUGUGGCUCAAAGUGGAGGGGUUCAAAGAACUGAUAGAGGGGUGGUGGCAAGGGAUAGUGGUUAGAGGCAGGCCGAGCUACAGGUUAGCGGCUAAACUGAAGGGAUUGAAACAAAACUUAAAAAUUUGGAACAAGGAGGUUUUUGCAAGAUUGGAGAGAAACAAAGCUAAAGCUCUUCAACAGGUGGAGUGUUGGGAUUUAGUGGAAGAAGAGAGAAAUUUAACAGAGGAGGAAUUAGGUCACAAAAAGGAAGCUAAUGAGAAUUAUGCAAAGUGGGUGUCGAUGGAAGAAGUGCUUUGGAGACAGCUAUCAAGGGAAUUAUGACUAAAGGAAGGGGAUAGGAACACGGGGUUUUUCCACCGCAUGGCCAAUGCCCUGGAUAAAAUUAAGAUAAAUGGGGUGAGGAUUACAGAGGAACAAGAAGUGAGGGAAGGAAUUGCAAACGCAUACCAGCAGCUCCUCUCGGAAAACUCGGGUUGGAAGGCGGAUAUAGGGGGUCUUUUGUUGAAGCAGAUCAGCCAAUCAGAAGCGGAAGCCCUUGAGCUUCCAUUUUCUGAGGUAGAAAUCUAUGCAGCAUUAAUGGGGAUGAAUGGGGACAAAGCCCCGGGUCCGGACGGAUUCACAGUGGCCUUUUGGCAAAGAUGUUGGGAGAUUGCCAAGGAGGACGUCUUGGAUAUGUUCAAGGAGUUCCAUGAACAGAACUCCUUCAUUAAGAGUCUAAAUCAUACCUUUUUGGUCUUGUUACCGAAGAAAGGGGGGGUGGAGGACUUGGGUGACUACAGGCCAAUCAGUUUGCUUGGGGGAUUGUAUAAAUUAUUGGCUAAGGUGCUGGCCAAUAGGCUUAAAAAAGUCAUAGGAAAGGUGAUUUCUCCUUAUCAGAAUGCUUUUAUCAAGGGGAGAUAGAUUCUUGACGGCUCCCUAAGCGCAAAUGAGGUAAUAGACUCUUG